AGGGUGGCUCCUCCGUCCCCUCCUUCCCUCCGAGCUCCCGGUUCUCGCUGCCGUCCCGUCCCCGGGGCCUGGGCUCUCGCGUCCCUUCCGCGCCGUGCGUGACGCAGUUCCUGCCCGCCCGGUGCGCCCCGGGCCCCGCUGCCGGCGGCGGUGGUGGCUGUGGACCUUGGCUGCGGGUGGGCGUGCGGGCUGUCCCUCAGCCCCUCACCUCCCCGCCUGCCUGAGGAGGAGCGGGGAGCCGCGGGCUGGCGGGUUGCCUUAUCAUCUAAAGAUCAAAUAUGGACCCUAAUGCUGAGAUAAAGAAGCAAGUAAACCCCUUUUUACUGCAAUAUUUGCAAAAUCUGGUGUGCUUCUGCACUAAACUUGCAGACUCACUUCCUUGGAUUCAAACACAAGGCGAAGCACUGAAAGCUCAUGGCAUUGUUAAUGGCUAUGGGGAGCAAGUGAAAAUACCUGUGAAGCUUCCUGAUUAUGUGCAGAUGGAGCCAGAGAGGUGUCAUGGACAGACCUUGCAAGAACAGCUUAAUACAUGUAAAGAUUCAGAACCUGCACUCGGACUUGAUUAUAUCAUUGAAUACCGAUCAAAAGAAAAUUCCCCUUUUCUCUAUGAAUUCCAACUGUGCCACUGUAAAACAGGACUGAGUAACAUGUUCAUGCAUGUAUGCGGUUCCAAACAUAGACUUGCAUACCUGAAACAACAUUAUCCUGAGAUAGCAGAAUCUGGUGAAGUUAAGGGUAAAGGCUCCGAACUGAACAGAAAAGUUAAGCAACUUGCAUUAAAAAUUGAGAAGAAAGAAGGAAGAAAACAAAUAAAGGUACCUUUCUUCAAGAAUUCCAGAAUUAAGAAUUCCACUUUUAUAUUUACUGAGAACACAAAGAAACUAAUUUCGGUUAUGGUGGGCGUAUCUGCUUCGGAUGAUUGUUACAGAUGCUCCAGUAAUGAGGAAGAGAUGGCAAGAAUGUAA